AUGAAGAAGAGAAGACAACAACUGCAACCAGCAAAACGUCGAGCUUCGACGAAACUGACGCGUUCAUCUCCUCGAAUAGUAACAAAAGAUUUCGAAAUAUUCGUAACCGACUUUCUCACGGAUCCAUGCGGUUUGCCUGUGGAAUUGAAGAAUUGCGUUCUAGUCGACGGAACAUAUUCAUUCAAUGAUGUUUUAGAUAAUUGUUCAUUGAAUAAUACUCAAGUUUUGACAAAUAUCUUUUCUAAUCUAUUAGAUAAUGAUAAUAAGAAAUUGGAAGGAAUGAGUAUUCGAGUCAAAUCAUCCGAUUUGACCGCAAGCGUUCUUACAGCAGCACUCAUUGCCAUCGAAUGUCCGAUAACAACUAUUGAAAACAUCGUACAAAUCAAUGCACUUCAUGUGGUUCGUGUAUUCCGCCAACGGCAGCGACAUAACAUUGGUAGCAGUUCGUUUCAUACAAUGUUCAAAAUUGAUCCUGUGAUCAAAAUACCUGCGCCAACUUCGUAUGUAAUCGUUGAACAAAAGAAGAAGCCCAUAUCAUUCGAUACUGAUAUGGCUGUGUCUACGGAUAUGUCAACGGACGUAUCAACGACAGGCUCAUCGAUAUUUACAAGUCGAGAUUUUCUCACUCAAUUCUUAGGUUAUUGCAAUCACUGUUUAAAAGUCAUCGUCGGUGGUAAAGAUGAAUUUUUCACUUGCAACCAGUGCACACAUGACAUGUUCAAUGUUUGCAAACAAUGCAUGCCGUUGAUGAGUAAACAUCAUCCAUCAACGCAUACAUUUUCGAAGAAAAUUACAAAUGGUGAACUUGUACAACUUGCCAGUAAUUUGACUCAUCUAGAUACAAGAUGCAGUUGCUGUUCGGAAACUGAUUUCAAAGGCACUCGGUUCAGUAUGUCAACCAAUAACAGCGUUUGCGAUGUUUGUCAACGCUGCGCGGAUAAAACUGGCAGACAACUGUUGAAAAUCAUUCCACAUCCAUUCAUAUUGUCAACGAACAAGUAUUUAUUAGCGAAACGAGCUAUUCAAAUCAUCAAGAAGUUUUCUCAAUCCAAUGAUCCAUUGACUGGAUGGACACAGCCGUAUGCUCAAGUAGUGAUUGAAAAAUCAGUUCGUGAACACAUUCCAUAUCAGAAGUAUCUACUUACAAUUGUAAAAACAAAGGAAAAUAAGCGCAAUCGUGAAACGGAUCUCGAUUAUAAAACAGCCAAAUUUGGUCUACGUAUUAUGAGUCAAAUGACUGAUCCUCGUAUUGUCUCUUAA